UUCUCAAUCCUGCCUCCUGCAAAACACUGCCGCCGUCGCGCUCGCCACCUCCUCUCCCGGGGUCCCGUCGCACGGGCUCGUUGGAGAGAUCGACCACAAGGGAGCAGCAGUCCCCUCGGAGGAGGAAGUCACUGGUGGUGGCUUACUCGUCUCCGAUGGCGCCGCCAUCAGGAAAGGGCGACCUCGAGACCGGCAAAGGCGACUAGGUCUUGCAGUGGAUAACUCCUGAGGCAACCAGGUAGUUCAGGAAAACAGGGUGGUGAGAUUGUGCUAAUCAAUACAUUCGGGUCUUGUAAUACCAGCAGGGUGCUGGAACCUUUGAGUUUUGUUGGCUAUGGAUGCUAAAGCACAGCGCGAGGGAGCGAGCAACAGCAAGAGGCUGACUGUGACCAUGGAGGUCGACACCCUGGAGUGCCCCAUCUGCUUUGAGCCCCUCAGGCCCCCGAUAUUCCAGUGUUCUGUGGGGCAUUUCAUAUGCUCGCCAUGCCGUGGCAAGCACCUACAUAACAAGUGCCACAUAUGCUCUGCCAAAACUACCUUCAAACGCUGCUUUGGGAUGGAACAUGUCGUCCAGACAGUCAAGGUUUCUUGCUCGAAUGCCAUGUACGGAUGCACCAAGAAGGUCACUUACUACCAGAAAGAAGAACACGAGAAGGCAUGCACUGAUUGGGGGUGCUUCUGCCCAAAGCCCUUCUGUACCUUCCUUGGACCAACGGAGGCGCUUCUGGACCAUCUAACCACCGAGCAUGAGUUUCCGUCUUCAACCCUCCCAGAUUCUGACACGGUGUCUCUCUACUUAGAGUGGGGCUUCUAUGUUCUGCAACGCAGGCAGACAGACUAUUUUUUCCUGCUCAGGUUGUUACCAUCGGGUGAUGGACAUGCUCUCUCAAUCAUCUGCGUCCAACCUAGCACUAUGGAACCCAAUAAGCUCACAUGUAAUAUGAGCUUUGACUGCUUUGCGACUGGUUUUCGUGAAAGUUUAAGUUGCCCUAUCAGAAGCUCUUCAUUGUCUGGUGGAUUCUUGCCAGAAUAUGAGUUAAUUAUGCCCAAGGGAAAGAUUUCUGAAGAUCGACACAGUAUGAUGCUCAGAAUCACCAUUCAACAAGCUUUAAGUGUCAGCAGGCCCAUUCUCCAAAGAAAGGGCCCGACUCCUGCUCCCCAAUCCUCCGAGAUUGUGAUCCGUGGAAGUUUGGGCUUUGCUCUUACACAUAAAAUGCUUCGUGAUUGAUCUGAUUGACGAUAUACCUUUAAGAUUCGACAGUGCUCAUAUAUUCCGGAGGUUCAGCGUGGUGUUGUUAUCACGUCUGGGUUUCACCAGUUUGUUAGUAUGGCAGCUGUUUCAACAAUGAGUCUUUUUAUGUAUUGUUGUCCUCAACUUGCGCCGCAACAUGUGAGGCUGUCCAUGGUCUACUAGAAAAUUGUAUGUUAUGUUCAGUACAUUUCUCUGCAUCUCGUGACUACUGAAUAUGAACCAGUAACUUGAAGUUA